UUUAACUGAAAAAUGUGUCAUAGUAUUUACCAUGAUUUGUACAGUUAUCCUCAAUUCGUUUAAAAAUAGGGUUUCCUUGAGAAAUAAAGUCAAAUUUACUAUUGCUUUAUUUUAUCUUAUUAGGAUUUCUGAUUUAAUCCUUUUGUCAUAGCAAUGUACCAAUGGCUAGUCAGUCAUUAUCAUUUCGAUUCCUUUUAAGGUCGCUCUCCUAUUUUUUGUUUUUUUGUUGUUUUUUAAAAAAUUCUAGGUCCGACUACCAGAGAUCUUUUUUUAGCUUUCCUUCCUAAAUUAACAUAACAAAUCAGUUCUCCUUUCUCCGUCAUCCCCAAUUCAUUUCCUCAGUUAAUGGUUUAGGCUGGUUGUUAACUAACGCGAUUAGGGUACAACUGUUUUCUUCUUGAACCUUAUGACUCUGGCUUGGUGAACUCUCCUCCUUUCCUGCCAACGUGCCGGGGCCAGCAAGGCGCUGGCCAGAGACUCCAGUCCCCACAGUUCCUCGGGUGCGCAUGCCCUCUAGUCUUCCAGUUGUCAAAGUGCUUUUGCCGGAGCAGUCAGAUAAUCAACCCGAAAGAAGAAAAAUAAAUACUGUACACUUUAAUUUUUAUCGAUCCUUAAAAGCUGGACACUCAAAGCUGCGCAAACCAUGCAGGAUGAUUUACUGAUGGACAAAAGCAAAACCCAGCCCCAGCAGCAGCGGCAGCAGCAGCAGCAACAGCAGCAGCAGCAACAGCAGCAGCAGCAGCAGCAGCAGCAGCAAGAGCCAAACGCAGCGGAAGCCUCUUCCACGCCCCUCUCUUCAGAGACCCCCAAGCCGGAGGACAGCAGCCCAGUGACAAGUCUCAAUCCUACAGCGGCGGCGGCUUCUUCGACAGCCCCCAACAGCAAGGAGAAGAUGCAGAUGGAAUCUCCGCUCCUGCCCGGCUUGAGUUUCCACCAGCCUCCGCAGCAGGAGCCUGCCGCGGGGCCGGGCACGUCCUUGUCCCCCUCCUUCGGGAGCACCUGGUCGACGGGAACCACAAACGCCGUGGAGGACAGUUUUUUCCAAGGGAUCCCCCCAGUCAAUGGGACCAUGCUUUUUCAGAAUUUCCCUCACCACGUCAACCCGGUCUUCGGAGGCACUUUCUCCCCGCAGAUCGGCCUAGCGCAGGCUCAGCACCACCAACAGCAGCAGCCGCCGCCGCCGCCACCACCGCCAGCCCCGCAGCCACAGCCGCCGCCGCCGCCGCAACAGCAGCAGCAGCCACCGCCGCCACAGCCCCAGCCGCCGCCGCCCGCACAGCCGCAGGCGCAGCCGCAGCCGCAGGCGCAGCCGCAGGCGCAGCAGCGCAGGUCGCCGGUGAGCCCCAACCAGGCGUCCUACACCCAAAGAAACGCCGCGGCGUACAGUCAUCAGCCCAUCAUGACCAGCAAGCCGUCCUCUGCCUCGGCUUCCUCCUCCUCCUCCAGCUGGAACAAUCACCAGAACGCCGCCUGGAGCACCCCUUCCAAUCCCUGGGGCGGGCUGCAAGCCGGCAGGGACCCUCGCCGGGCGGUCGGCGUAGGGGUCGGAGUCGGAGUCGGCGUGCCAUCUCCGCUUAAUCCCAUCUCUCCCCUCAAAAAACCCUUCUCCAGCAAUGUGAUUGCGCCUCCGAAGUUCCCCCGGGCGGCCCCUCUCACCUCCAAAUCCUGGAUGGAGGAUAACGCUUUUCGGACCGAUAAUGGUAACAAUCUGUUGCCAUUUCAGGACCGGAAUCGGCCCUAUGACACAUUUAACUUGCACUCUUUGGAGAACUCUUUAAUGGAUAUGAUAAGGACUGAUCAUGAGCCUCUGAAAGGUAAACACUACCCUCCCAGUGGCCCACCAAUGAGUUUCGCUGAUAUUAUGUGGAGGAAUCAUUUUGCAGGGCGCAUGGGAAUAAAUUUCCAUCACCCAGGAACAGAUAACAUUAUGGCACUUAACACCAGGAGCUAUGGGCGGAGACGAGGUCGGUCUUCUCUCUUUCCCUUUGAAGAUGCCUUUCUAGAGGACAGUCAUGGUGACCAGUCUAUAUCUUCAGGUUUGAGCUCUCCAACCCGAUGUCAGAAUGGUGAAAGAGUGGAACGCUAUUCUAGAAAGGUGUUCGUUGGGGGCCUCCCUCCUGACAUCGACGAAGAUGAGAUUACUGCCAGCUUUCGUAGGUUUGGACCUCUUGUGGUGGACUGGCCUCACAAAGCUGAAAGCAAGUCAUAUUUUCCACCUAAAGGCUAUGCCUUUCUGCUGUUCCAGGAAGAGAGCUCAGUACAAGCUUUGAUAGAUGCCUGUCUAGAAGAAGAUGGUAAACUUUACCUGUGUGUAUCAAGUCCCACCAUAAAAGAUAAACCGGUGCAAAUUCGACCAUGGAACCUAAGUGACAGUGACUUUGUAAUGGAUGGCUCUCAGCCUUUGGACCCCAGAAAAACUAUCUUUGUUGGGGGAGUUCCACGACCCCUUCGAGCUGUUGAAUUGGCAAUGAUUAUGGACCGUCUUUACGGGGGCGUCUGCUACGCUGGCAUUGAUACAGACCCAGAACUGAAGUACCCCAAAGGCGCUGGCCGAGUGGCUUUCUCCAAUCAGCAGAGUUAUAUUGCGGCAAUCAGCGCACGGUUUGUGCAGCUCCAACACAACGACAUUGACAAACGGUUUAAUCAGAGAGGCUUGAUUACCACUUCUCGGGGAAGUUACAGAAAAAGAUUCAUGAUUUGGGUGGAGGUGAAGCCAUACGUACUGGAUGAUCAGAUGUGCGAUGAAUGCCAGGGCACCCGCUGCGGUGGCAAGUUUGCUCCCUUCUUCUGUGCCAACGUCACCUGUUUGCAGUAUUACUGUGAAUACUGUUGGGCCAGCAUACACUCCCGAGCUGGGCGAGAGUUCCACAAGCCUCUGGUGAAGGAAGGGGGAGACCGUCCCCGUCACGUUCCCUUCCGCUGGAGCUGAGUCCAGCACCUAGCUCAGCCACAAGUACUGGAGUCGAUAACUUGGAGGGAAAAGAGCGGCUGCCUCUGGGCUUAGAGUGUUCUGGAAAUCUGUGUGCAUUCGUUCUCGACUUUAAAGAAGAAAUGGGUCUUUUUUAUUAUUAUUAUUUACAGUCAUAUUACUGAACUCAGUGUCCGGUAUAAUGCAAACCUGCAGAGUGUAACUGUCCUGGCUCGCACUUUGGCUCCCCCAUUGUCUGCUUGGUACCUUAAUUCUUAACCCAAGACUUGUCACUAGUGACAAUUUGUAGACUGCCAUUCUCAUCGGCCUCCAUCGGGCCGAUGUUUGUGAUGACAAUUUUCUUUUGUAGAAUUCUAAUUGUUCUUAUUUUUGAAACCAGAGCAUGCACUUAUUUUCAGAAACUUUAGCAUUGCCCCUAGAAAAAAAUGACUCACCAAAGGUAAUCCUCAUAAAGUAGGUGGCAGAUGUAGCAACAACUUCACUGAUGUUCAGCAAUCCUUAGUUUGGGUCAUUUAGAGUAAAAAAUAACCCUUCAAGAAAAAACAAGCCUUUAGUUGCUCUCCAUUUUGACUUGUAAGGAUGUUACCUCAUAAGCUGUAUCUUUUAUUAUUUUUCUCCCUUUCCACCUUUUUUUUGUUGUUGUUGUUCUGCUGAAGAUUUUGGUUAGGUCUUUUAGUGUUAUAUAAAUGUAUGCUGCAAUAGCUUUUGCUGCUAUUAAAUUGGUAUUGUUAAUACCAUAAUACUCUAUUCAAGCUAGGGUAUCGAUUGAAUGAAACAAACCCACACCACACGUCCUGUGAGUUAGAAAUAGCGACCACUGAUGGAAGGAGAGAUCCGCACAUACAGGAAGCUUCCAAGGAGGGUCAAUACUUUUGACUGCAUGUUUACUUAAUCAGGUUGCUGCAUGCAAUAAAUUUUAUAUCUAAUGUCUAGUAUAAAACUUGCCCACGGUGCACAAAUUAAGAAUCUAUGUAGGCUACAAAAUACUCAUUUAAAAAGACAAAACACAACCACCAUGGUAUGGGGGUGUUUUUUUUUUCCUUUUUUUUUUUUUCUCCAAAGAAUUGGUUGUUGACUGGAGGAAAGCAUGCCUCUGUAAAGGAAUACUUAAGAAAUUAAGAACAGCCCCUAACAGAAUGACCUAUAUCACAACUACUAUUAAAUCUAGAUGUAGGAUAUUCUUAAAGCAAAUUUGUGGAUGGUAGAUGAAGUACUUUGCGGUGCUCUGUUAUAUAUAUAUACAUAUAUAUAAAUAUAUAUAUUGUGCAAUUUAUUUUAUAUAGUAAAGUGAUUAUGUCUAACUGUGAUCAACCUUAACUGUGUCAGACAUUAACAAAUUGGACAGUUCAUAACUGGUAUAUUAAUGAAAACAUGAGCUCUUAGUUACAAUCUCCUAAUGCUUGUACCAUUUUACAUAGCUUCAGACCUUGUCCAGAAAACCAAAGAGCUCAUAUUAGCUUACAUACACUAGGAAUAUAUAUAUAUAUAUACAAUCUAUAGAGCUAAAUUGUCAGAUUGACAAACUAGGCAUAUUUUCAGAAAGUUGGGGAAAAGGUGAUGCUAAAGAAAUGUCCGCCCAAAGGAAGCUGGCAUUGAAGGAGAUGGGUUUCUGGCUGUGAAAUUCACUUCUUACUUCCCCGAACAGAUCCUGCAAAGCUUGAAUACAAUUUAGACCUGCUAACACAGUGGACAUUUUUUUAGCAUGCACUGCUGGGCUGCAGAUAAGCCGUAUCUGGACACACAUAGUGUACUGAUGAUUGUGAAAACCUGUAAACUUUGUUUUCUCUUCUUCCUUCUAUGUGUUGCGAUUCUGGGGACAAUCUGACUGGCUAUGACACUGCAGAAUAGACUUUCCAUAGUUGUGUUGUUGCAUGUGCCGCUGUAAUGUCAUUGUUCUGUCUGAAGUUUGUUGCAUUUUGGUUUUGUGCUGUUAUUUUUCCUCCAAUGUUUAGUUGUGGUUAUUGGUUUACAUGUUAUGGUUUGUUUUCUAAAAGGAAAAAACAAAGUGUUUUUGUUUGUUUGUUUUUAAAUUCGUUUCAAAUGCUUCUUAUAGUUCUCCCUUCUGAGUGUAAGUUACUUCUGGGCUUUGGAGCAAUAUUGCUCUUUGUGACCCAGGUGCUUGUGCGUGCGUGUGUGUGUUGUUGUUGUUUUCUACGUCAUCUUUUGGUUUUGUUUUUGUUUAUUUUCAUCUGUGAGACCUUUUGUUAUGCACUACUUACUACCUUUGGUAUCUAGAAGUUUCCAACAGUUGGCUGGCGAUUUUUUUUCUUUUUAAGGAAAAAGGCAUGCUUUCUGGCUGACAUGAUCCUUUGCAAUACCUCAAUUUUGAAAUAUAGGAAAGAAAAUGAUAUUUUCUAAGUAAGUUUAUUCAGAAAAAAAUAUAUAUUAAUUUAAUUCUGCAAGAAAAAAAUGAUUUAACAGAUGGGUAACUUUAUUUUUUUCAUGCUUAUUUGCGGUUUUUUUGAAAAUGAAGAAGUUAGAGCUUUAUAACUAUAAUAUUAAAGAUCCUGUCUAACCUACAGAAACCUACCUAGUUGUGUGGAAGGAGCAAAACUUUUUGAAGAUAUACCCCUCUUUCGCAUACUUAUAAUCACCCCACCAGAGAGAAAGCUGGAAGAAGACAGACAGCAUAGAGUUGAAUUCAACAUUGUGGUGGAGAAUAGAUUGAAAACAAACUCCAUUUGGUGCUGAGAGCUGUGAAUAGACGGUGAAAAAUAUUUUCCCUUAAUUUGUAUAUUUCUAAUCAAGCAUUGAUUAUGCACGACUGACCAGAAUUGUGAAAGAGUUCUUCUGUUUGUAUUUUUUUAAAGAGAACUUUUUUAGUUUAUUAAAUUAUAACAUGUUCCCUUUUGUUUGUAAAUAAGUGUGCCCCUCCCCCCCAGUUGUUAAUGUUCUAUUAAAAGAGAGGGUCCUUCAAAAAAAAUUAUUUUUUAAAAAAAAUCCACAAAAGGUGUUCUGAACUGUAUGUAACCUGCCUGAGAAGCGCCUGGUCAGCCAGGCCUCCCAUGGCCAUUCCUUGGGGUGAGACUUGAACUCGUUUUUUUGAAGGCUAUAACCUAACCUCGACUAUUUGUUGUUAUGUGCAAUACUGUUUGUACUGUUUGUAUAAAAAAAUAGAAAAAAAAAGAAAAGAAAAAAGGCAUAAAUCUUUAUUGCAGAUUUAUUUUCAUUGCAAACUUUAGACAUUGUGAUUCACUGAAAUCAUUUUUCUACUGUCAAAUAUGUACCUUUUCUUCAUGCUGGUAUUUUUUCAAUAGUAAUGUAGCCUUUGUACUGAGACAAAAAUUUUCAUUGUUAUUUUUAGAAAGAUUUUUUGCUAAGAAAAAAAUUAAACAUAUUUACAUAUUUUUCAUUUUAUUUCGUAUUUUCUUUAAAGAGUGCUUUCUCAAUCAUUAAUAGAGUUGUUUCUGGGAGGGACUUUCAUAUCUGGUCAAUGUCAUAAUAUUAUUUUGUAUUUUUACUUGGAAUAAAUUAAUUUUAUGAUGCUAAUUCCUUAAAAGUUUAUUUUUUUCAUUUUCGGUUAUUUUUGAAGCUAAAACCUUUGUAAUAUUGUUACUAAAGUGUCUAGUUUUUUGAAAUGCAAAGCUUUCUGUAUUAACUUGCUGAAGUGGUUUACAGUAGGUGACAAUGAAUAAAUGGCUGGUUAUGUAAAGCGACUGGAAAUGUAAUGAACGAUUGGGCAAUAAAAAGACAGAAUGGAGCAGAACGUGUGAUAUUUUGAAAAGCCUUUUCCUUUAUUAAAAUGGUUUAGGGUGAGACUAGGGAUGUCACAGUACAGUUCACAAGGAGGUCACAGUCGAUAUAUCCAACACCAGUCCAGCUCAGUCCUGUGGCAUGAACCUAUGGAAGUCCCCACCCCAACCAACCUUCCCCCAGGGGCAGAGCUCCUCCCCACCACCCCCUACCCCCGACUCCAUGGUUCUUUGCUACCAGCUGGAUGAACAUUUUCCCCAAAGCCAGAUCUUAUACUUAAGCUUCCAGUGGUGACAGCCUCCAUGGUCCAGAGGAGGAAGUGGGCUGAAUUCACACCCAUUUCUGUGCAAUUCAGAUUUGCUAGCCAAACCCCCUUCCUCCCGUUGAUGGCACUAACAGCCAUCUCUUGGCACCACUGUCUCUGAACCAUUUCAGGUUCUUUCUGCUUUCCCGUCUUGUUAUCUUAGGCUUUCUCCUCCACAUAAACAAUUUGUCCCAUUUCUCCACACAGUGAUUUCUCCUCCUCACUUCUUCUGGGACUCUCCCUAUCUUUCCUCUCCCAUCUACCCCCCCCCAAUCCCUAAUAUUGACCCUCUUUUUAAACUCUGCUGCUAAAAGCAGGGGCCCUUAGGUCUGAGAUUUAAAUUUGAACAGAAAAAAAAUGUUAUUUAAACUAGAAAAUUGGUGUUGAGUAAACAGAGCAUGCAAUGACUUGCUCUAGAUAGAUGAGUUAGUUUCUAUCUGUUGUUGGAUGACCUCCUACAAUGCAGUAGCAGUGGAUUCAAGAGGGAACUUGGAGAAAUCCAUGUCCAGAGUGGGCUAUUGUGUGUGCUCUAUGUAUUCAGUUUUGUAAAUAAUAUAUAGAUUAGAUCAAGUCAUAAUGUAAAAUUUUGACUCCAGUUAGGGAAUCCAGGUCGGAAUUUUACAUUAAUUACCAAUAAGUGGUGGUUAGGGACAGAAGAGGGGAAAUUGGAAACUUCUCGCUUAGUGGUUACAAAGACUAUGCUUAGAUUUCUGCCUAUAUCUUGUGUUUUUUUUUUUUUAGCUUGUUAGUGAGGCAUGGGCUAAAGCAAGAUGUAGUACAUUUAUGCAAUUAGCAAAUAACUUUGCUAAUUUCCUCUUAUCUCUUAGAUUAGCAACAACAUGGCUUUUUAAAUGGGAAAAGCUCCUAUGUUAACCUUUUGAGUAUUGUGACAUCUCUACUUGCAAGGUCUGAGUGAAAAGAUUAGUCACAGACUAGUACAAAUGUCUCUUCUGUUAUAACUGGUUUAUAUGUACAACUGUUGCUUCUUACACUAGUUUGUAUGAUAUGUCUGACUAACCCGUCUUUACUUCUUUUUUUAAACUGAACCUUCUUCUCUAUCUCAGCCUCUCUAGCGUUCCAUCUUACCGCAGAGUAUUUUCUGAUCACUGCUGAUGCCACGCUCUAUACCCCAAAUGGGUAACAGUUCAGGAAGUGGAUGCGUAAUUCUUGGGACAUUUGAAAUAAUACAAAGAGGACUCUUAGCCACCAAGCAUGAAGCUUGGGUGCUGAUACAGGAUUCACUUCGGCUAUUAUAUUUUUCUGGACGUGGUUCUAUUGGGGUAUAAAGUAUUAGGUGUUUGUACUUUUGCUGUCAAAAACAAUGGACAUUAACUUUUAGAGUGUUCUCAGCUAAGAUCUCUGUACUUGUUUUCCAACUAACAACUAAUUUUCAAUGUAUCAUAUCUUUUAUUACCUGGUCUCUUAGAUUGUUUUUCGCUAGUAACCCUUACUAAGCUUUCUGCCUUUUGGGCUCGGACUAAUGCUUGUAUGGAACUGCAGUACUGUGACUGAAACAUGGAGCUCAAGUCUGCUAAUGCUUACAGCUGCUUAAACUUUGUAGUUUGGACUUCAUUUUUUCUGUAACAACAACUUAUUAAAUCUAGUUGUAUGAAGUA